GUAAUGUAGAUCAUAAUAUUUGUACCAUAUCCAUAACAAUCGACUCAAAAACUUUGAAUUACGCGUGAUUUCGUUCCUUCUGAUUAUUUAAGUACUUUUAUGUAUUGGAAGUAGCUAGAUUAUAAUAUGGCUACAAAUAGUCCAGUGAGUACGAUAGUGUCUGCCAACACCACAUCCACGAAACCAAAAGCAAAUCAGCAGCAGUCGCAAACAAUUUCGAGCGGCAUUCUUGAUGACCUGGGCGCUCGCUUUAUCAUAAAUGUCCCAGUGGAAGAACGACAGAACUUAAUCCGGAUUUGUUUUCAAAUCGAACUGGCUCACUGGUUCUAUCUGGACUUUUACUGUUCAUCUGUUCAGAAGCAAAAAUGUGGCAUCAAGCAAUUUGCCUUUCAGCUGUUCCAACGCAUACCUUUUCUUCAGCCACACCUACUGUAUGUUGAUAAAAUUUUGGAGGACUGGAAGCAGUACAAACUCUCGGUGCCUACUUAUGGGGCUAUCCUUCUUUCGGAAGAUAUGGAACAGGUAUUGCUAGUGCAAUCGUUCUGGGCGAAGUCUUCGUGGGGUUUCCCGAAGGGUAAAAUUAACGAAAACGAAGAACCGAUUAACUGCGCCAUUCGAGAGGUUUACGAAGAGACGGGGUAUGACAUUAAAAAUCUUAUUGUUCCUAGUGAGUACAUCGAAUUGGUUAUAAACUAUCAAUAUACAAGGCUGUAUUUAGUGAGAGGAGUGCCCCUUUCUACCGUUUUCGUACCUCGUACUCGUAAUGAAAUUAAAUGCUGUGAAUGGUUUCCAAUUGAGUUACUCCCUGUGACGAAAAACGAAAAUUUCGUCAAGGACAAUCAUAGCUUGAAUGGAAGUUCAUUUUUCAUGAUUCUGCCCUUUGUCAAACGGCUUAAAAAAUGGCUGGAAAAGCUGCAGAAAAAUAAGCACAAACCGGGAAACAACAAUUCACCAGUUUUCGGUUCCGCUGGCAAACAAAGCAUUAAAUAUUUUGAAAACAAAACUCCCGGCCAGUCCAACAACCGUCAACGUCAGCGGCACAAAUCAAUGGGGGACCUUGAUCAACAGCAACGAUCAAAGUCCAACGGAACCAAGAACGUUCCAAACACUGCCGGAGCACCAACAGAAGGACAUUCGGAUUUUGGACCAAGUGCAGCAGAUUUUCAGCCUGGUGGUUCCACCACAAAUAAGAAGAACAACAAGAAGCAGGUACACCAUGAGGUGGGUAUCAAUUCGACAAUCGCUGGUAGUGUUGGCGGAAGAACGCAAAUCAAACGAAAACUUUUCGAUACCGUGGUGGACGAGAAAUCACCAGCGGCUGCAAACAGCGAUCCGUAUUUAGCAUUCAACGAGAGCAAAUCGUGGAUUUCUUUUAAACUUGACUAUAGCAAAUUCCUGUAACUUUUUCGAACAACUGGACAAUAUUAUCUGUGUCAUUCUACUAUUAGUGUUUUCCUUUCGAUAUUUCUAAAAGAACUUUUAUCUUUUGGACACCCAUUUAUUCCCUUCAAGGUUAUAUAGUAUAGACGUCUCCGAGAAUGUUGACCUAAGAGGCGACUCAUAUUGUCACUGAUGAGGAGAUGUGUUC